AAUGCCCGGAGCACUCAGAUUCGUGCCCGCACCUGACUUUUCACCACGCUGAACGCUGAAAUCCGAGCCCUGACUUGAGAUGGUACCUCCAAACAGACUUUGCAAGAGGCUGGGGCACGACGUCAACCCUCGUGUAGGAUGCGGAAACACACCCCGUCACGCAGGCUCCUACCGCGCACUUCAAGGAGCACUGGCUCGAGCAACGGGGCUUUGAAAGCUGCAUCCUUAUCUCUUUUCAAAAGUUUAGGGGCCUCACAUCACUAACCGAGCGAUGGUACAUGCCACCUGAAUCAUAAUCCAGACACGACGCAUGGAACUGCCAUAUGUGCCGAUCAGGCUGUCAUAUAUAGCAAUCCCAUGGGUCGUGUCUGCCGGGCCGAAGAACCAGGGGACCCCACAUGAGGUGGAUCAAGUCCAGUCAGAUUGAAGAACCAGGUAUGUUUGAUUUUUGCUUAAGGUGUUUUUUGCUCAAUGGAAGAACACCCUUUCUGGUGGAGUUUCUAUUUUUGGUCCGGUCCCUUAAGCAAAUCCCCGUCCCGCCAACUCUUCCAGUCCCGCAUAUAUGUUGAGGUCAUUCACUUGAGCUCCGUGCUCUCCUCCUUGGCGCAGCAGUGGCCGCGGGCCAUGGAGCUUUUGCGGUGCAUGGAGGAGGAUGGGAUGCUAUUGGACACGGUCUGCUUCAAUGCGGCCUUAAGCGCCUGCGCCAGCUGCGGGCAAUUUGAAGCCGCCUUGCAGCUCUUGGAGCAGAUGGACGCCUCUCAGGUGCCCAAGAGCUACGCCACCGCCAGCGCCGCGAUCGUCGCCUGCGGGCGACGCUGGCCUUGGGCGCUGCACUUCCUGGCCUCGAUGCCCAGGAACACCUUCUCCUACAGUGCGGCCAUCUCCGCCUGCGAAAAAGCGGGGAACUGGAGCGUGAUGCUGCUGUUGUUGGAGGACAUGCUGCUCGAGCGAGUGCCUUGGAAUGUGGUGACCUGCUCGGCGUGCAUCGCCGCCUGCGAGAAGGGCCGCGAGUGGCGCCGGGCGCUGCAGAUGCUGCGACAAAUGCGGGCAGCCGAGGUGGAACCCAACACCUUCUCCUACAAUUCGGCCAUCUCUGCCUGUGAGCGUGGCUCCCAGCUGACGAACGCCUUGGAGCUUCUUCAGGAAAUGGACCGUGUGGAGAUUCGUCAGGAUGUGGUGACCUAUGGGAGUGCGAUCUUCGCCUGUGAGCAUGGUGGCCAGUGGCACACCGCCCUCAAGCUGUUGGAGGAGAUGGGCGGCCGGCACAUCGAGAAGAACUGCGUGACCUGCAACGCGGCCUUGAGCGCCUGCGGGGCCGCACGAGCUUGGCUGGCGGCCGUGGGGAUCUUUCAGGAGAUGCGCUCCUCGGCCAUCGGAGCCACCGUGGCAUCCUUCACCGCGCUGGCCGCGGCGGCGGCAGGCUCAUGGGUCACGUGCUUGGCGGUGCUGGAGAUGGCGCGAGUGGCGCAGGCCAGCAAUUGCCUGGCGGUGGCGGCAGUGGCCGCCGCCUGCGAGAGGGCGUGGCAUCUCCAGGAGGUCAAUGCCUUGCUCGAGGAGUUGGAGACCAGCUGGCUGAGUGCCGUGCGGCCGAAUGCGUUGAGAUGUGGCUUCCAGGUGGCCCGACGGCCGGGACUGGAGCUCAUCCGGACUAGCUACGCCACCAUGGAUGGGUCAGAUUCCAGUCCCAUUCCUCUGGUCCUGGAGGCUCUAGUGCAAGCAGAGUUCCGGAUCGUCAUUCUGGAGGCGACCAACGUGCCCAAAGAGCGCCCCGAUUCGAUUCAUCUGGACGACGUCGAUUCAUCGGACAAUGUGAGUGAAUGCACUGGACGGAGGUGCAAAAGCUUGGCCGUCUCCUGGAAGAAAGGUUUUUGGCUCGGGAGACGGGGAGUGGCAGUGGCGGCAGUGGCGGAUGCGGGGAAGUCCGAUGCGGAAGUCGGUCGGAAGGUUUCAGGCUACCCCAUGUGA